UUUGAAGUUUGCAUGGUUUUAACUAGGACUUGUCUUACUAACGCACGCUAGCUUAUUUUGACUUUUCUUUUUCACUCCUCUAAAAUUGCUGAGCCGGUUCGAUAGAAUAAUCUUGUUCGCCUUCACAGAGUCGAGGUGUCGCAGCUGGAGAAGCUGAUCCAGAACAGCUGAAUCUGCCUUCAUUUGAUUUGAUCAUGACGUUGGUUGAAAGGUUCUGCUAGUAGAGCAGAAUAAUCCAGUCCAGGUGUGAAGAGUUUCGGUGUUGUAGGAUUUUAACUGCAGUAGAUGAAAGAUGCUGAAGGUGGAGUCAUUUUAACACCUGCUGAGGCCAGAUAUUUAUUUUAAUCAACUCUUCCUAAAUAAUCCCAUUGAAUGUUCAUUUUCUCUCUUGGAUUCUUGCAGCUCACUAACUCUUUGUUUCGGUUUAGAACAUUUUAAUCCUGUUUAUGUUCUUAUGUUUCAUUUGCGGCGGUAUAUUUCCCAGAAUUCCCUCUGAGCUCCGUUGACAUCAUGGCGUCCACGUCCGUUACCACUGUGGGUGGAGUCGUGAUCGUAACACAGGUCAUCCCCAAAGACGACCUCUCCAUUCCUCUCGGCACUCCUGCCAGCCCAAAGGUCCAGGCCCCGCGGCCCGUCGUAAAGACCCUGCCGGGCCCCUCCAAGGAGGACGCCAAGGAGAGCGUCUUCCUGCGGGGGGAACCGCUGGGCCUCGGGGUGGUUCAGAUCUUCAUCGGCACGCUGUGUGCUCUCGUCAGUCUGUUGGUUUUAUUCUCCGGGGCUCUGGUGAUCUUCGCUCCGUUUGCCCUCUGCGUUUUGUUCGUGCUGUCCGGCUCUCUGGCUCUGGCGGCAGGAAGACGCACUUCAGUCGCACUGGUCUGGGCGUCUCUGGUGUCCAACGGGUUCAGCGUCCUGCUCGGCCUGGCCGGGGCGAGCUACACCUGCUUCCUGCUGGCCACCGGACCCCCCUCACGGGUCUUCUGCGACUUCCAGACCUCCAACGUCGACUUUCAAACCCGGAACAUCAACAGCAGAACGGUGGACAAGUGGGAUCAGAGAUGCUUGAGCGAACUGUGGCGACUGGACGAGCUUCUUUACGGACUCCAGGGCGUCAUCCUGGUCCUGCUCGUCCUGCAGGUUUGCGUCUCCGUCGCCGUGUGUGUUCUCUCUGGAAAAGUCAUCCGAAGCGCCAGGCGUUACUCCCCUGUGGUGGUAAGAGAGCAUCAUUCCAAACAUGCCACUCCAAACAAGAUAUGUACUGUAUGUGUAUGAAGAAUAUUCAUCCUCUUGAUGGUUUCACCCUCUUAUAAACAAUUAUUUAUUUGUUUAAACACACAAAUAAAUAAUUGUGCGUU